AUGGGGAUGUUUGAUCAAAUCCAGUUUUCAUCUAGCCAUGGUCCUGAUUCCGACUGUGUCCAGUGGCAGAUGCUUACAAAAAUGGUCAGAUGUGAAAUGGACAUUGAUUCUGUGAAAAAAACCACAGGUUAUUCUGGCAAAGAACACAUUGAGAAUACUCUGGAAGAAUACUCACAGAAAGUCAGAGAUCUGCAGAAGAGGCUGAAUGAAACCACUGAGCUACAUGAGCAACAAAAAAUCAGUUUAAAACAAACCAUCUCUGAUUUGCAAACCAAACUACUAGAAGCACAGCUUGAAAGAGAUACACUUGAGGAUAUCAGGCAAAGGGAAUCUCAGAGCCAAGAGAGCAUAAAAAUACAGCUUAAAACUACCAUUCAAGAGCUGGAAACAGCCAAUCACCUACAGGAGGAGAUGCUGAGGGAGGCUGACAGCCAAACUGAACAUCUGAAAAAGAUGGUCCAUGGCCAUGAGGAAGUACUCAUGGAACUGCGUGGCAUCCUAAUGGACUACGAAGACAGCACAGGCAAGAAACUGUAUGAGCACGAGAAUAUUACCAGCCUCCACACCCACAACCUGAGCACAGCCUUUACUGAAGUCCUGCGAGAUUUAGACUCAGAGGUGUUGUACCUCAAAGAAAAGGUUGUCCUGGUGGAAGAAGAACUAGAGUCACUGAAAAAAGAUUCACAGACCAAAACAGAACUUCUGCUUCAGCAACAUCAAAAUAGGGUUGAGCAGCUAGUAAGUGAACAUGAACAGGAGGUGGCAGCACUAACUGAAAAGGCUAACAGUGCAUGCAGCCAUGCAAAUAGUAUCCAAAGCCAGAUGGAGAUCAUUCAAGAACAAACAAGAAGCCGAAAUUCAAUGCAUGCGCAUCAAGUUAGUCAACUGGAAUCUACUGUUUGUCAGUUGCGUUCUGAAUUACGUGAAGUUAAGAAGAUGUACGAACAUAAGGUAGAAGAUCUUGAAAAGCAGUUGCACCUAGCUCGUUCUGAGAUAGCAGAAGCUCAGACAGAACGGGAUCAAUACAGCCAAGAAUCUGGAAAUCUGGAUGACCAGCUUCAUCAGCUGUUGACUGAACUACACAAAAAAGAGAUAGAACUAAGUCUAGAAAAAGAGCAGAACAAGAGACUUUGGGAUCGGGAUAGAGGCAACAGCAUCACAAUUGACCAUCUGAGGAGAGAACUAGACACCAAGAACAUGGAAUUGCAGCACAUGGAAAAUACAGUGAAGGCAAUGAGGAUCGAAUGUCAGGAACAAAUGGAGUGCCAGAUGGCUGCAAUUAAGGAGAAAAAUGAAAGCAUUGAAAGAGUCUCUUCCCUGACUGCCCAGCUGGAGUCAACCAAAGAGACACUCCGUAAAGUUAAGGAAGAUCUUACGGCCAAAGAGAUGAAUUUGGAGGCUGCCGAGAGAACAGUUUCAAAUUUGACAGCCUGCCUGCAGGAGAAAGAGAGAGCCACUGACAUUACCAAUAAGGAAAUCAAGAAGCUACGUUCACAAGUCGGCAGUAGGAUGCAGGAGCUUCAGCACCUAAAGAAAGAAGAAGAUCGUUUACGCAAUGUGCAGUCAGAGUGUGACACACUGAAACUGCAGGUGGUAGAAAAAGAAAGGAUUAUUGGAAUCUUCCAAAAGCAAAUUGACAACAUGACCCAGAUUGUGGGCCAGCACAGUCGCACUGCUGGAGCAAUGGAAGUUGAGAAGUCUCAGCUUAUAAAAGAAAUCAAUGACUGGAAACUAGAAGUACAGGAACUUAAGAUUGUAAAAGAGGAGAAAGAAGCCAGAAUACUUGAAAUGGAGGCCAGACUGAGUGAGCUGGAACUGGAAAAGGUUAAACUGGUGAACACAUGCACUGAGAGGCUCCAUGCAGUGAAAGAUAUGAAACUGGAAAAAGACCAGCUAAUGAACGAACUGAAAGCCAAUCGCAGUGAGCUAGCUGGCCUUGCAGAGGAAUAUGAAGAUUUGAAGAGGAAUUACCGAGAUAAAACUGAAGAGAUGGAAAAUACUGCAAAGAAACUGAAAAUGCAGUUGAAAUCUGCCAAAGCUGAACUGGAUCAGACCAGAGCUGCUCUAAAGACUAUGGAAGGGUCUGAUGGCCAUGCUAUGAAAGUUGCAAUGGGAAUGCAGAAGCAAAUCACAGCCAAGAGAGGACAGAUAGAUGCAUUACAGAGCAAGAUUAAAUUCUUGGAAGAGGCAAUGACAAAUGCAGCUAAGGAAAAGCAUUAUCUCAAAGAAGAAAAUAGUAAACUAAGCCAAGAAUUGAGUUGUAUUACAACAGAAAAUACCAAGAUGGCUGGGGAGCUGGAGAUCCUGAGGUCACAAGACAAACGUCUGAAAGAAAAAAUAUCUAAGAUGGAGACCGCCCUUGAUAAGGCAUCCAUGCAGUUUUCAGAAUGUCAGUGCAUAAUCCAGUGCCAGGAACAAGAAGCUAUGCGCUUCAGACUGCAGCAUGCUUUGGAUGUAAAAGAGCUGCAGGGCCCAGGCUACUCAUCAGCUUCUACUUCAGGCAAGCAGCGGCAGGUACUGCCCCCUCCCAGCCAGCACUCCGCUAGUGUGCCACCUUCCCUGAACGUGACCAGCUGUGUUCCUCAUAUACCACCCAAACCAGGCAUUUUGAAGGAGGAACCACUGCGAGAUUUAAAGAGGAUUCUUCAAGAACUAAGCUCAGACAGUGAGAUCCCUUCUGCAGUUCUUCACAAGAAUGACAGUGAUGGUGGGAGAACAUCACCUUUAGCAACCAUAAGGAACACAGUAGGCGGUGCAAGUAGAGAAUGUGCUGCUACUGUCAGUCUACGUUCAGAUCCUUGCAAAAGGGAAACACCAGUUAGAGAUUCCACUACUGAAAGCAGCAUGGAACGGGAUACUUUCAGCUGGGAUCCUUUACCUUUACAUACUGCAGAUCUUCAGUCCCCGGAUGUUACCCUGCCUUUCACAUCCACUGGUGGUGCGUCCAUCUUGUUAGCAGCUCCUCGUUACACAUCCUCCCCCAAGAAGGUUUCUCGGGAAGAGAAGUGCAAAGAAAGGUCUCCUGUGCACUCGCUGUUAACUGCUCCAGCCAAUGACCUUACCGCUGGCCCUAGCGCUUCACCAGAGCACAGACCAUCCACUCAGAAGGGUGGCUCUCCAGAGGGUGCAGCCACAGGCAUCCGGAUAAUAGCUUCUCAGACCAUGGAGACUAGUGAGAGUACGUCUAGGAAGCUACAGAACAAGAUGGAAAGCCUGCAAAACCUGGUGGAAACAUUGCAGAUGAAAAACCAAGCAAUGUCAUCAAUGAUCAGAACUCAGGAGAAGAAGAUAGAGAAAGUGAAAGAAAAGGAGAAAAAACUAGCAAAAUGA